AUGGAGAGGACCGUCCUCGUCAAUGAGGCGGAGAAUGUCAAGGUCACCGAUGAGAAGUUCAAGGUCGCAAUCGAGAAAUUUGGGAGGUCUUCCUCACCAGACCAGCACCAUCGGAGGAGUCAGCAGCAGAUGAUAAUGAAGGGAGAACGAAAAGGAGGUAAAGAUGACGUCGACGACAGCCACAAUGAUGCCAUGGAAGGCGAUUCAUCGAAAGAGAGGAGGAAGUUGGCUGAGAAGAUGAGUAUGAGGAAGAAGAAGAAGAGAGAUGAUGAUGAAGCUAAGAGGUCAGCCUCGUCAUCGUCUUCCUCUUCCUCACCACCUCUGGCUAAAAAGAAGCCACCACCUUCUUCGAGAUCUUCAUCCUCUUCAUCCAGUGCACAGUCAUCUACAUCAUCAUCGAGUCCUCCACCCAAGUCCAAAGCCAAAAGUCACCAACGCGAGUUAGCUGUCCAGCAGCAAGACCAUUCGUCGACGAAAUCUUCAAAGAAACCCCAACAGCAGCGUGAUGCAGAUGUGAAGAAACAGCACGCGGAAGAAAAGAUAAAAAGAGAUGGUAAGCAGAAGAAGAGAGCGAAGGAAGAUAGUGUUAGUGACGGAGAGGAGGGGGAGGAUGAUCGUGGAAAGGUAUCAAGGAUUGCCCAGAAGCGACACAAAGUUGCCGAAAGUGAUGACGAGAGAAGAAACGUCAAAUCCAGUGACGGCAAAAAGAUGCAAAAACCAAAGGCAAAGCGCCAUCAAUCCAGCGAACAUGAGGAUAGCGACAAGGAGGAGAUGAUGAGACGAAAAUUAGAGCAGCAGCAGAAGCAAUCAAAACCAAAACACAGACAUCACAGCAGUGAGGAAGAUGAUGAUAUUCCUCCUACUGAAAAACCCAAGCAAAAGCUAACCUCGAGGUCAGACAAAAACAUAUCACCACCAGCAAGUAGCAACAAAAGGACUAAGGACGACGACGACUCCUUUGUGGAUAGGCACAAACGUAAGCCAUCCUCUAAACAUGGAAAUGAUAAUCGCAACAGGGAUGAUUACAGUCAGUACCGUGAAGAUGAAAAUGAGAGAAAGAGGUUGAGCCACAAGAGGAGUAGACACCAGCAGCAGCAAUCGUCGCCACCCAUAGCCAGAAAAGUGGCGAUCGUACCUCCACUUACCAAAAAUGGUGAAGAUGAGGAGGAAGAGGAUGUCAGACGAAAGGUCGUCAGUAGGCCGACCGUUAAGCAUAGUAAAAGUGAUAAAAGGGAGAAAGUUGGCAGCAGUAAAAAGAUGAAGAGAAGGUCGUCGUCGUCCUCAUCGGAUGAAUCAUCAUCUUCAUCGUCAACGUCGCCUCCCCCUCAGUCUAAAAAGCAUUUGAAACGUAGGAAAAGACCGAAAGAUAGCGAUGAUGAAAGUGAUGAUGACGGAAAAAUUGAAAGGAAAGUCGUCAAGAGGAAGAGGAAGAAAGAGAGCAGCGAUGAAGAUGACAGUGAUGUGGAGAAUGUCUCGUCGAAAAAGAAAAAGAAAGAAAAACUCAGCAGAAAGCAAAAAAAACAUCACAAGCAUAAGAAAAAUAAGAGAAGGGAUGAUGACGACGACGAUGAUGAGGAUGCAAGCUCCGGUGAUGAUAACGAUAGUGAUGAUGAUGAAGAUGAUAAGAAACGAAAAGAGAAAUUCGAAAAGCAAAGGCUUUUGGACUUGGAAAAAGAGUUGAGAGAGAAAGCGCUAAGGUCCUUGCAGGAUGCCAAAUCAUCCAAAAAACGAAAUUAA